AUGUCUGGCAGACCAAGAAUGCUGGAAAUGUUCAACGAGCAGUUCCCACGAUUUGCCGGCCAAUUAGAUCGGAAUAAGCUCUACACACGGAGACGAGCGAUUUUAUCACACAACAUGCUGUCCCCGGCUGAAAUAGAGGCCAUCAAAUUGGAAGUGCAUCGAGAACGGCGUAGAGAGAGUGGAAGAUCGAGCGAUAUGUCGAGAAGGAGCUCUUCUAGGCUGAGUGCAUCGUUUGCUAGUGAGAGGCGUGAAUCGAUUGCACCACCACCGGAUCCAGUGGCAGAGCCUAGAGGACAAGAGCCGGCAGAGGAUCAACGAGGUCAACUAAAGAACGAAUUGGCUUUCCACAUGGAUGCAGCAGUGAAUCAGUUUUACGGAACGCACCCCUUAACCCGACACAAGAUUCCAAAGUUGCAGUAUUCCCAUCGACUGACGAGUGCCGUUCAAGUUCUCGACCAGGAAGUUCUACCUGUGUACCUGGAAGUCGUAGAGAACCUAGAGGAGCUGCAAUUUAUCGUGUAUUGUGGAGCAGUAGCUGUUGUACGGACGUUAGGAAUGCGCACCUUUCACCAAGACGAUAGACAGAACCGCGUACUCUCCAAAAAAACGAAACCUGCUUGGAUGAGACGCCUGGAAGGUCGUAUUCAAACGCUCCGAGUAAAAAUCGGUCGACUAACACAGUACAAGAGGGGAAGUCGACCGAAAAGGUUAAUUCGUGGAGUUGCUGAAAUUGUGAAGCCGGUAGAGCUCUCUGAUCUUAAUGAAAACCGCAUCAUUGAGAUCCUCGACACCCAUGUACAACGGUUGAGUGCUCUAUCAAAAAGGUUAAGACGUUAUACGGAAUGUACGAAAAGGCAUGCGGAUAAUCGUAUGUUCAGUAUGAACGAAAGGGAGUUCUACAGCCGCAUCAAAAAGAAACGCAAUAAUUACGAUGGUGGUCUUCCUGAGAUUGACGAAGUUACCCAGUUUUGGUCAGGCUUAUGGGAGAACCCUAUUCAACACCGAAGUAACAGGAUGUGGCUGGCAGAAGAAGAGGAAUAUGGAAACGGACUUGAAGCAAUGCCUGCCGUUAUGGUAAUCGCCCAUGAUAUCAACGAAACCAUUCGAUAUUCCAGGAAUUGGACUGCGCCAGGACCAGAUUUCGUGCACAAUUUCUGGUACAAAAAGUUUUCUUCAACUCAUGGGCGAAUGGCAGAGUGCUUCAAUAAGGUAUUAGAAAAUCCCCAAACAACACCGGAGUUCGUGACCAGGGGAAUUACUCAUCUGAUGCCAAAGGAUCAAGACACAGCGAAUGCGGCGAAGUACAGGCCAAUAACAUGUCUAACGAGCCUGUACAAGCUACUUAUGUCGGUGAUAAAUAGGAAAAAUCCAAACCAUUGCGAUGUUAACGAAAUCAUAACAGGAGAACAGAAAGGCUGUAAACAAAACACGAGGCUGCAAAGAUCAAAUCAUUAUCGAUGCAGUCAUCGUCGGACAAGCUAG